CACUCUGAAAGUACAAGUUCUUCUCUUUAGGGUUCAUGCACCUUCCCGUCUGCAGUAAACCCAAUCUUACACCUACGUUUUGUAUGAUUUUCACGUGUACGAUUGGAAUUCAUCCUUUUUGAUUGCCGGAACAGCUGAAUUUCCAGUUGGGGUUGGAGUUUAUCUUUGAGUAUGCACGACUUUGAGCUGGAUCAGCAAGAUCAGAGAGAUUUUCUUUGAACCAUAUUAAUUAGGCGCAACUAAGGUAAACUUCCAACAUGGAGGAUUCCAAUGCAAUGACUAUUGAAUUCCUCCGAGCAAGGCUGCUUUCUGAAAGAUCUGUCUCAAGAAGUGCAAGACAAAGAGCUGAUGAAUUAGCAAAAAGGGUCAAGGAAUUGGAGGAACAGCUGAAGUUGGUGACUCUUCAGAGAAAGAAGGCUGAGAAGGCAACGGCGGAUGUUCUUGCUAUUUUGGAGAAUCAAGGGAUAACUGAUUUUUCUGAGGAAUUUGAUUUGGUUUCAGAUGAGGAAAUGCCUUGUGAAUCUGGUGCUGGUAAUGAUUCCACAAAAGGGGAAGAGAGGUCUCUGAGCUCUAAAGGAAGAAGACAUGAUUCAAAUGAGAUGUCAGGUUCUGAUCCAGAUUCUUCACCAGUAGCUGGUAGAAGCUUAUCUUGGAAGGGUCGCAUCAAUCUCCACACUCCUAUGAAAAGUACAAGAAUUAUAAUGUGAGAAGACGGAGUAUUUUUUCAUCUGUUGGUUCUGCAAAGCAUCGCCUUGGAAGAUCAUGCCGCCAGAUUAAAUGUAGAGAAACCAGAUCUGUAGUUGAGGAAUCUAGGGAUGAACUUGUCAAAGUUAAUGGCCAAGAAAAAGUUGUCCGCUCUUCUGAGGGAGGUCCAAAUGUUCGGACAGUGGUUCUGACUUUCUGAGAACAGAAUCUAUAAUUCAGGAAAAGGGUAAAUCAGAGAUGAAGCUUGCCAACAAUAAUUAUAACUUAGAUGCAUAUGCUGAAGAGAGGGACAUGGAAAAGGCACUUGAACAGCAGGCCCAACUCAUUGGCCGAUAUGAAGAAAUGGAGAAGGCUCAAAGAGAGUGGGAAGAGAAAUUUACAGAGAAUAACAACAGUACACCGGACUCAUGUGAUCCCGGAAACUACUCAGAUAUCACCGAGGAACGAGAAGAGAGCAAGGCCCAGACUCCAUCCUUUGUUAGGGUGGUUGCCAAAGAAGAUCAGGAGGCAAAAUCAGAAGCUGCUGAAACCAGCGGCAAUGUGCUAAAAUCACAUGAUAUUGGCAGUCACAACAAUCAUAAUAGUGCGAGUGUCAGCAGUUCUGGCUUGAUUGCUCAAGAAAAUUCAGAUUCCACAUUGAUGGGCAACAAAAAUCACAAGAGCUCAGAAAUAUACCAUCAUCAGCCAUCAGAUAAACAGCAUCAAGGCCCACAUAGUCUCGGGCCUAAUGAUUCCAGGCCAGCAAAUUCUUUUUCCACUGAUGUCUAUAAUGGUCUGGCCCAGAAAGAUACUUCUAGCAGUUCAAGGAACAAACAUGACUUCCAUGCAUUAGUUCCUCAUAAACCUCUGGAGUUAAGUGGUGUACUUGACUCACUUAGACAAGCCAAGUUAUCACUACAGCAGGAACUCAAUAGGUUGCCACUAGUAGACAAUGAUUACAAUGGUAAAGCCAUUAAAACUUUAGCUUCUGCAAGUAAAACCGAGGAGAGAUUAGAUAUUCCCAUUGGAUGUUCUGGUCUGUUCAGGCUACCGACAGAUUUCUCCGAUGAAGUUCCUACUAGAUCCACUGCUAUUGAUUCAGCAUCUCGCUUGAGUUCAAACUUUUAUCCUGACAAAGAAAUUUUGAGAACUUCUGUUACCCAACUUGGCACAGGCCCUUACUUUGGUAGCAGAUUGAAUUUCUCUCCAGAUCAUCAUCAAUCUCUCGCCACACGUUCCCUGGAAAGCGGGUCAAGAUUCGAAACUAAGAAGCCUCCUUUUGAUCCUUUUUUGGAUGCAGGUCUGCUGGCUUCCAGUAAUUAUUGGUAUCCCAUCUUCCCAUCCUAUCAGAAUUUGACUCCUCAGAUGCCCUUCAGUGAUGGAAUUUCAAGACCUUAUCCAAGUGGACCAGUUGGGGUUCCUCCUGCAGGUCACUUCCCUUUAUAUGAUGAUCAUGCAAGUCAAAACGUCUAUAGGUAGUAUUUAGCAGGCAUAUAAUUCCUCUAGGUUGCUAGCUUCUACUUCACUCACGGUGUUGAAGUAAUGGUUUUUCUGUUAAAAGGUGAAUUGAGUAUCUGUAUUCUCUAUAGUUGCUGGGAAAGGGGAAAAUUUCAUGACAAAAGACCCUAUCUGUUCUCUCUGGAAGCUAAACUCUGGUGGAUUACUUAUUUUCAUUCGCGGAGGUCUGUCUCCAUUCCCAGUUUCAUCUCUACUAGGAGCCUGGGACCCCUAAUUUUUGUUAUUCUCUUUCUAACUGUGCCUUGUCCAACACGAGCUUAAUUUUUUGUUAUCUUCGGCAAGGUUUUAUUAACAUAAAAACAGCCAUGAUAUGAGUAUAAUUUUUAUAACAUUUCCAUUGGUCAAGAUGUGACAGCUUAGUUGGAAAUAUAUAAGAAGUAAUUUUGUUAGUA